CGGAAACAGGUGAACUCCAGAGCGCUCGUACGCUCGAGCAACGGCCAAGUUUCGAACCAAGCUCAGGAUGCGGCCCCAGCAAACAACAAUGAAAACCAGGAAAAUGUGCAACAGGCGGCACCCCAGCAGCAGCCGGCCUUCUCCUAUUGGUCAGUUUUCAAGGGCCUGCUGUUUCGUGCGGCCAUCAUAUACUUCAUGACCAGCUGGUUUCGAGGCCAGCCGGCCAAUCAGAACGCGGGUGGCGGGAGCGGUCCUCCGGGGGCUACACCUCAAUCGUCUAAUCUGUACCCAAAUGGAACGGUCAUGGAUAUGUACAUGUACAUCUCCGAGGACUCAACCUUUAACAGCUUUCAUGACCCAGAAGCUCUGGUUUGGAAGGAGCCAGGACUCGUGUACGGCGACUGGUACGGUGGACCAAACGGAGACUCCAUUUACACGAAGAACAUGAGGUUUAGGCCAUCGGAGGCAAUGAAAAACAACGGCACCAUCUUUCUGCACGUCUUCUUUGUACUGAACGGCUACUCACCCGAUCCCAAGGCAGGAAAGGACUACUCCCAGACACAUACCGUAUACCGCAAAAAGCAGCUUAACAAGUACAAGAAACUGCGGUACAAGCGGACUCAGAACUUGCUCACUGGCGAAACAGCUGCUACACCAGAGAUGGUAGAGAAAGCUGAGGCCAUGAAAGAAGAAAUAUUGUCCCACUGGCACCCAAACCUGACCGUAAACAUCAUAGUUGACCACACUCCGUGGACGCAGGGUCAGGUGCCAAUGCCCGUCGACCAGCAUGUCGAAUUUGAACCAACCACAGGAAAGUACUACCCCAUCGUGUAUAUCAACGACUACUGGAAUCUCAUUCGAGACUACCAGGCCAUCAAUGAAACCACGGAGUGGCUUGACCUCCAGCUGACCUUCCAGCCGCUGAGCAUGUUCCGGUGGCAGUUGUACGUGGCGCAGGGCAUGCGGUCGUUCUCCUUCUUCGGCCAGGACCUGAUGGAGGAGUCCGAGGAGGACAAGGACUCUCUCAAGGAGGCCUUCCUCGAGACCUCUCCCUACCUGCUGGCCGUCACGGUCGUCGUCUCCCUGCUGCACAGCGUGUUCGAGUUCCUGGCCUUCAAGAGUGACAUCCAGUUCUGGCGCAACCGCAAAAGUCUGGAAGGUCUGUCGGUGCGUUCGGUGUUCUUCAACGUGUUCCAGUCCGUUGUGGUGCUCCUCUACAUCCUGGACAACGACACCAACACCUUGGUGCGGCUCUCGGUGUUUGUUGGCCUGCUCAUUGACAUCUGGAAAAUCCACAAGGUGGUGAACAUUACUGUGGACAGAGAAAACAAGCUCUUUGGAAUGUUCCCGCGGAUUCGCAUGACCGACAAGUGCACCUACGUGGAAUCUUCAACACGGGAAUAUGACAUGAUGGCGUUCAAGUACCUAUCGUGGGCGCUGUUUCCCCUGUUGGCGGCCUACUGCGUCUACUCACUCAUGUACCUCGAGCACAAGAGCUGGUACUCCUGGGUGCUCGGUGUCAUGUAUGGCUUCCUGCUUACAUUCGGCUUCAUCAUGAUGACACCACAGUUGUUCAUCAACUACAAGCUCAAGUCAGUGGCGCACUUACCGUGGCGUAUGCUGACGUACAAGUUUCUCAACACCUUCAUCGAUGACAUAUUCGCCUUCGUCAUCAAGAUGCCCACCAUGUAUCGGCUCGGCUGCUUCAGAGAUGACAUUGUUUUCCUAAUAUUCCUGUACCAACGUUGGAUCUACCGCGUGGAUCCGACGAGAGUCAACGAGUUUGGGACGAGUGCGGUGGACGAUACCGCGGUGGAGGCGGCAGCUGCUGCGGAGCAGCCCAACGGAGCGCUUCCGACAACGGAAGGCGGAGACCCCUCCACGUCCGAAAAACCCGAGGAACUCAAGAAGAACGAGUGAUCCCGCCAUCCGUCACCGCAUCCUAGUUGUGUCUCAAUGUGUUCGGUUGCGUCUUUUGUCUUUGCGAGAGACUCCUUGUUUUACAUUAUGUAAAGUGUGUUCAUUUGCCAAAAAAAAAAAAAAGUCACGAGCUGAGAGAAUUGCUGCCUUGGCUAGAGCGAAGGUGUUUCGUGUUCCAAGAAGCCUCUCCUCGUGAUUGUAAAGUAACACACAUAAAAAAAAAGACUGAAAAAAAAAAACAUGUUGCAGUGGAGACGUAGAACGAAAGCGGUGGUGCAUUGUGAACUUAAAAACAAACUGUGCCUAGUGUCAUCCCCGGUAAAAAAAAAAAAAAGUAAGGAACACCUUUCUGCACAGAACUGUGAUGUUAAGAUGUUUUUUUUAAUACAUUGAUUUUUGUGCCUUGUUAAGACUGUAAAAGUUUUUUUGUUUUAUUGAAAAUGAAAACAAGUUUAUUGCUUUUAGCUUCUUUGUUUUGUUGAUCUUUUUUUCGCUGAUCGAUUUAUUAGUUUGGAGUUUAAUACUAAUGAGAGCCAUGUGAUGGUAAAAGCUUUUGACGUCCAAGACGUAUGGUGGAGCUUUUCUGACAUGAGUGAAUCGUGCAGUAUUUCAAGAAAGAAACGGAAUUGUGUUGUCAGUGAAUGAGUUCGAGUAAUUUACAGUGUGCCAUUAAGAUAUUGCCGUUCCACGCUCUGUUCUAAUUGGCUCAAAUUAAAUUUUUUUUUAGUGGUCACGGCGAUUGCCUUCAGCUUGUGAAGCACUGCAAACAGUUGGUAUUUGUGCGAAACUGCAUGAACACGAAAAAAAAAAGUUUUUGUACGUUCAACUGCAUGUGCGUGAAAGUUGUACUUUUAACACUAGAAUUGUAAAACGCUCGGGUGCACUUGUGUAGUGCAGCAGAGCUGCCUACACGAAUGUCUAAAGACGGCUAAACCAUGGGGGCAUUCAAAACAUUGCAAGAUUUUCUGCAGUGUUUUUGACACACUACGCAUGUAUAUUGUGUGUUAGGAGUCAGAGGUUAGCAAACAGCAUUGAUUUGUAAGCCAUAGUCCUUUGUGGGAAAUCCUGCUUGCUGUGUUUGAAUGUCCCUCGAAAAUGUUUAAAAAAAGUUAAAUAAAAAAUUCACGAUUUUAAAUAUACAUAGCACACUGAUCUCCCUUGUCAAGAAUCUUGCAUUUUGUUUCGACGAUGCACCUGUGCCGCUUUAAGUGCAGGUUAAAAAAUGCUUUCUUGUGUACAUAGGAUCUGUUGUAUGUAGUGUAAAGAAAAGAAUGCCAAAAAAAAAUGCUUGACUCCUCAUGCAGAACCUGGUUUUUCUGUUAAAACUCGGUUGAAGUCCUUUAUUUUGAUGCAUCUUUUUGUACACCCAUGUUCACUGUUGCGACGACAGCAUAAUUAAAAACAAGCCCCAUGCCA